AUGGGUUUAGACGUAAACGUAGAAAUCGACCGUUCCCGAACUGGCGGAACCUUCACCAACCAUGAUGUUAUCACCGGCAUCGUCAAACUCACAAACACAUCUUCUUUAUCAUUGACCUAUAUUCAGGUGAAACUUGAAGGCUUAUCAUCAACACAAAUCGUAGUGCCUACGCGAAGAAACAAUAAGAAAAAGAAAACUGAAAAUCAUGCUCUCACAGAUGUGCACAAGGUCUUGUACGACCUGCUUAUAGUGUUCCCUCCAGAAAACAUCAGAAAGGUAUCUCUGGCUAAAGAAUUCACUUUAACUCCUGGCACUUAUACAUAUCCGUUUCUGUUCAAAAUCCCUCUUAAGAGUGGUUGUCUGAAACAAACAGGAAAGGGUCUGGGUUUUGACUUCAAACUCACUUCGAACCCUAUGAACCUCAAUGUCAACGCUUACACCCUAAGACAAGAUAUUAAUAAUCUCAUGUCUAUGGCCACUCAACAGCCCAACCAGCAACGUGGAUCCAUUAACUAUCAUGUGGACACUCAAUUGCCACCUACGCUCCUGACAAUGGGUCAAACAGCCAAUAUUAAAUACUUUGUGAAGGUGACCUGCAAGCGGGCCUCGAUUUUCAAGGUCAAUGCUCGAGCAAUAGACCCCUUCAACUUUUUGCCGUUAGACUUAGAUGACCACUUCCAGCCCAUAGCAUUGCAAGAAGAAGAGUACAAGGAAGUGUAUUUCAGAAAGGAUAUUGUCUUCAAGAACAGAAUACCUGAGGUGGUGGGAGUUAAGAUGGAGCCUCCGCAACCGCAGCGUCCCGAGCUCUACUCGAGAAAUUCGGUAAAGAAGGGAUUUUUGUCCUUCUUUGCCCCUCCUUCUCCUCCCAUUCCUCCAGAGAAACCUAAACGUACAAAUUCCGGACAUUCAAUCGAUAUCCUUGACACAGACGUCAACUUUGCAUUUGAGAUCCGCUUCCGCCAUCCAGCUUUUCUCUCUCCAACAUCGGCACCGCGAUUCAAAUUGUUUUUUGUCUCUAAUGUCGAUCCUUCAUCCUAUUCUCUAGCUAAAUAUGGUAAGCCCGAAGAAUCGAACGGGUUGGGAGUCAUCUAUCUUCAACGUUUGAAAUUCGAUCUCAUUGUCACCACCAACAUCUCGGUGUUGGAGACAGAAAAUGGAAUUAACGACAUUCAUCAGUCUCGUGCUGAAAAUACCAUUUCGGUGUGUAAUAAUUCGUUCAGAGAUGUUCCCUUGGAUCUCAUGCAUUCCAAGAAGCAAAAGUCUUCCUCAGCUUCAAGCAAUGGGUUCGUGAAGUUCAACUCCUUUGAACUAGAGAUUCCCAAGAAAUACUACGACAAUUUCAAGCUACCCAGAAACCUCCCUCCCACAUUCACAACUUGUAACAUAGAAAGGACAUAUACACUUGUGGUAGUAGCAGGUGUGUCUAGUGAGAAGUUAGGUGGAUCAGCUAGCCGUCACGAAGGAGACAAGCGCAUUAGGUUUGUUGACUUGGUUUGUCCAAAUAUCAAAGUCUUGAGUGGACUUAAAUUGACGCAGGCUCUCCAUUCGAAUGCCUCGAACCCAAGCGUUGGACACAGUUUUGAUAGCAAAGAAAAUGGUCGUCAUAACGAGUUCAAUCCAUCGGUACCACCAACGGUUUCUGAGGUAGGGCGCCAGAGUAUUGGUAGUGCCGAGGACACAUCACUCCCACUACCAACUUAUGAAGACGUUGUUAGAGAAAACAGCUACCAAGAUGACUCGGAGCAUUUACGUGCGAGACACCGGUACAAAAAUUAG